AUGCAUCAAGUGACUACUCGUACCAGCGACAUUUCGUCGAUGGAGCAAGUGGCUGAUCUAAAUAUGAACUAUGAAGAAAAGCAAAAGCAUAGUCAUAGCUAUCAGCACCCUCUGAAAGCACUUAAAAAAUCAGAACUCUGGGCCUGGUACAUUCAAAGUGGCACGCAUUGUGGGUACGGCUACGUUGCGGGGAUAACAUUGAUCCCUCUGUUGAUCCAAGACACAGCCUCCAAGAUUGGGGUGGAAGCGCAUGAUCAUUCCAUUCCUUGUGACACGACAGUCCCAGGGUUCAAAUGUGUAACGUCGGUAUUUGGUCAUUAUCUGGAGCCUGGUACAAUCUCACUCUAUAUAUCGUCACUGUCUUCCGUCCUAUGUUUCGUUGUCUCGCUUUCCAUUUCAGCUGUCGCUGAUUACGGCUCUUACAGGAAAACGUUAAUGAUAGUUUUUUCAGUUCUUGGCUGCGUCAAUUCUUUUGGGUUUUUCGUCCUCCAGCAGCCUUCACUUCUCUGGGUUGCCACAAUCUUGACUCCUCUGGGUUGGACACUGUUCAAUGUCUGUGGCGUUUUCUCUUACUCAUUUUUACCCCUUUACGGCCGAGCUCAUCCAGAUGUUUUGGCUGCAGAAACCUCUCAAGUAGCAUACAAAAUUGAGGAGCAAAAGAUAAAUGAUAUGGCUUCAUAUACAAAUAUAGCUACCGCUUGGGGGCUAGUCCUCACAAACCUUAUCUGUAUUGGUAUAUCACAGAGCAUGGGGCAAACUACUCUUAGUCUGGCAAUUGCCAUUGCGUUUACGGGUCUUCUGUGGCUCGUAGGAAUGCUGGCUAUCGCCCCAUGGUUGGAUCCAAGGCCGAAUGAGCCUCUGCCCAAGGGAACAAACUGGGUGCUGUAUUCAUGGAAAAAGACAUAUAAUACUCUACGCGCAUUCCGCAAAUUGCCUGAGAUCUUCAAGUUCAUGUUUGCAUGGUUCAUCCUCUCAGAUGGAAUCAGCACAAUUCCUUCGGUUUUAAUGAUCAUACUGUACCGAGAAUUAGGAUUCACUCACACGGACUCGCUUAUUAUAGCAGUGGUACAGGCCUUGACCGCUACUGUCGGAAUUUAUAUCUUAAUGUGGGUCCGCAAAGCAUGGUCCCUAACAACUCGAACUAUGAUCCUGAUGACGGUGGGGUUUUAUGUGGUAUUCCUAUGCUAUCUGGCCAUCGUCCCUUACCUCACUGAUAACCUCGGCCUGCGACACAAAGGAGAAGGAUGGUUUUGUUAUGUCUAUACAGGAUUGAUCGUUGGUACAUUUUACGCAUCUACUCGGGCCAUGUUGUCAGAGCUGUGUCCAGAGGGAGAUGAGAACGAAUGGUUUUCUUUGUAUCUUUUGGCAGACAGAGGAUCAUCAUGGUAA